CUUGCACAUCGCCAUCGGAAGAACUUCACUUGAAUAUUAAUCUGUGCAGUAAAGAAAAAAUGAAAAGGACAUUAAGGUUUGGCAUUUUAAUUUGCAUCUUGGCAGGCCUGACAACAACAGAAGUAGGCUCAUCGAGGCAAAAAAGGCAGACCUACUCUAUUUUGCCCUCUGGAGAAUCAGAUGGAACGUGCCUGAAUGGAGGCACCUCUGUUUCAUCCUUGCAUAGUCAUGGCCACAUGUUUUGCUUAUGCGCUGAUGGUUUUGGGGGAGAUCACUGCGAAAUUGAUAUGCGUGCCAACUGCUACAGUGGCAUUGGACUGUACUACAGAGGUACCAUGUCCAAAUCGGAAAGUGGAAGAACAUGCCAGGAAUGGGAUUUGGACACCAGGGAGCGUCUCAUGUCAUCAGAUGUCAAUUCAGGAAGGCAUAACUACUGCAGAAAUCUCGACUACAAACGCCGUCCGUGGUGUUACGUUUUGAAAAAGCAGAGGCUGGUCCAAGAGUAUUGCAAUAUCCCACGUUGUGGCUUUACCCCAGAUCCAUCACUACCUUCACCUGCACCCACUGAGCCAGCCACAGAGUCAACAUGUGGCCAGCGCCUUAGAAAGCAAAUGAAGAUCGUGGGCGGAACAAUUGCCACUGUCGAAUCACACCCGUGGAUUGCUGCCAUAUUCUGGCGCAGCAGAUCUAAGCAGAAGGUUUUCCGGUGUGGAGGGAGUCUGAUCUCCCCCUGCUGGGUCCUCACAGCCGCCCACUGCUUCCCCGAUGGCUCUAAUACCAGAGCACGGCGCUUCUCUGUCACGCUGGGUAAAAAUGCACUGAAUGAGACUGAACCAACUCGGGAACAAACCUUCAAGGUGGAAAAGGUUGUCAUCCAUGAGGAGUUUGACAACAGUGAGGGGAACUUCAACAACGACAUUGCCUUGUUAAAGUUGAAAGCCAACGACGGUCACUGUGCCCAGGAGUCCCGAACAGUGAAAACUGUCUGUCUGCCACCUCCUCGCCAAAGCCUCCAGGCCGGUAUAUUCUGUGAGAUUGCUGGUUAUGGCAAAGAGAAGAAAGGCUUGUGGUACAACUCCCAGUACCUCAGAGAGGCUCAAGUGAGCCCUUUGGCGCAUGAUGUGUGUCGAAAACCAGAUUAUUAUGGAGACAUGAUCACAGCCAAUAUGUUUUGUGCAGGUCGUCCUGACUGGAGUCGGGAUGCAUGUGAGGGUGAUUCAGGAGGGCCUCUUGUGUGUGAGAUGGAUAACAGGUUCUUCCUUUUCGGAAUAGUCAGCUGGGGCGAGGGCUGUGCAAAGGAGUAUCGGCCCGGUGUGUACACCACUGUGACCAAUUACAACCAGUGGAUCGAACAGAAGACAGGUCUAUCUUCUAUCACUGCUGGGUCCAUGUUCCCUCAAAAGUGACCUCCUUACACAGUGUGAACUAUUACAUGAACAUGCAAAAGUGUGGUGUACCAGAGGUGCCGAUACUUCCAUGGAAAUUUCUGGUCUCCUGCCAUUUUCUUGGUUGCCUCGGGCUAUUUUCAUGCUGCGGUUUCUCAGCGGAAGAUUUGUGUCAAUACAUAUAACUGCCUAUGCUUUAUUGCAUAGAAGUGAACACUGUGUUCCAUGUAUACUAUACAGCAUCACUUGUUCUGUGGUAUGUGGUGUGAUAUAUGUUGGACUGACUGUAUAGCAACUUAUUUUUUGAUGUUUAUGGAGUAAUGAUACAUUAUUUUGAGAUAUGCAAAUUAUUUUU